AUCAAUCCCCGUCGUUGAAAAUGGACUUCCUCGCCGUAGGACUUGUCUCCAUCCUCUCCCCAGUCCUCGCAAGGGAAAUUACCUUUCCUCCCAUUGCUGCCAUCCAAUCAGACCAAUUCAUCCUCGGUCAGCAUGAGAAGAAUAUCGACAUCGUCAGCGGUAGCCAAUUUUCUGGCUUAACCACGUUCGCCCAUAUCCCCUAUGUUAACUGUUUCAUUGACAGCGAAGCCGAAUCAACACCGUAUGAUAUCGCCAUGCUUGGGGCACCAUUCGACACGGGAGUCACGGCUCGCCCGGGCGCAAGAUACGGACCCGGAGGUAUCCGACUCGGCUCGCGCCGCAUCCAAGGUUGGAACAUCUACACUGGGCAGAACGUCUUUGAGAGUUGGGCAAAGCUCGUGGAUUGUGGGGAUGCGCCGUUAACGUGGUUGGACAAUACGGUUGCAUUGAAGCAGCUUGAUCUUGCACAUAAGGUACUUUCAUUUUCACUUUCUGUCUUUUCCGGGAAUGCGAGGCUGAGGUUAUGGCAGGUCAUCUCUUCGCGUGCAACGAACAGUACGGAGAAUGGCCGCACACCGCGUAUUGUUACCCUGGGAGGGGACCAUACGACGACGUUGUCGGCAUUGAGGUCGACGUAUAAGCAUUUUGGGCCGGUGUCGGUGAUCCACUUUGAUAGUCAUAUUGGUAAGCUUCUUCUGAGUAUGGAGCAUCCGUUGCUGAUUGUGGUAGAUACGUGGGAACCUGAGGGACUCAUCCGCGACAACUCCAUUCACGUCGGAAUUCGCGGCCCCGUCAUCCGUCCUAAAGGCGACAUCAGAAACGAUAUCCGCUGCGGCUUCUCGAUUAUCAAAGCCCGGGAUCUAGAUCGUCUCGGUGUAGCCGGUGUAGUGGAGGAGAUCAAGACCCGCGUUGGUAACAGCAAGGUCUACAUCUCGGUGGACAUUGAUGUUUUGGAUCCUGCUUUUGCACCAGCGGUAGCGACCGGAACCGCAGAGCCCGGCGGAUUCACGACCCGCGAGCUCCUCUCUAUCCUCGACGCUCUGCGCGGCCUGCCGGUCGUUGGCGGAGACGUGGUCGAGGUAGCGCCAAUCUAUGACACCAUGGCGGAAACGACCACGCUAGCUGCGGCGGAGGUCGCGCAUUCUCUGCUUGGGCUGAUGAUUGACACUCCAGUUGUUGAUUAGACCAUUCGAACAAGAAGUGUGCAUGGUAUGUACGUAUGUAGUUCGCAAGUAUGAGGACCCAAAUAUGUAGCUAGGCUCUACUAAAAUUAUGAAGGCAGCUUGAUUGGUGUUG